UUGCCCACAGCCGGUAUGUCUGGCGGAGCGCGAGGCCGCCCAGCUUCGCCGCUCCCCGCCCGCGAUGGGUCUGGCCAGGCGAGCGCGCGCGUCCGGCCCCGGCUUCGCUACUCCUCCCUCCGAAGCCCAUCUCCGCGGAUCGGCGCCGCCGCCUGCCCUGCGCCCCGACUCCUCCGCAGCAUCCCAGCCGCCGCUCUACUGCAAGCCGUCCUUCUCAGCCCGCAUCAAAUCCUUCACACGCAACGACUUUGCCCCCAAGAUCUGGAUCUGCUCGCUUUGUUUCUUCUCGAACCACUUCCGAGUUCCAACAUCCCCGCCGAGGUCUUCCUCCAGCGCUCCACCGUUGAUAGCAUCCUUGGUGGCGUCGCGGCUCCGACGCCCCCAAAGCCACUGUGGAAGGCCGUCGCGCUCCUCCCCCAACGAGCUGCGCAACUACAACUGGUCCAAGUUCAGAUCUUUUGUGUUCCGUCCCCAACACACAAAUGGACAUGUCAACAGGAACAACGACGUUGCCGGAAGGGGUCUGGAUUGAGCUCCCUUGAUGCAAUUACUCUCAUCCUUCAUGCAGUUUCACUUGAUGACGAUGGAGCCAAGGAAGCAACAUCCGAGCAUCAGUCAUUUGCCAAAUUCAUCGCAGUAAGGUGCUUCCACAAUUGAGAUGGAGUACACGCCUGGAUGGAUUGUUUGAGCAAUGCAGCAAGCACAACAUUCUGAGGGCCAAGGUCUUGCUCAGGUUGUCAUCCGGAAAGCAGGCCUCCGGC